UUUAAAACAUUUCCAUUUUACUUGAGUAGUGUUUCACUCAAUGACUUUUACUUGAGUAACAUUUUGGUAUAGUAUCUGUACUUUUACUUGAGUGAAAAAAUCGAGUACUUUUGCACUACCGAUUAUUGUACGCAUAUCUAUUUCCAGAAAAAAAAAAUGAGUGAGGAUUCCAAUGAAGUGAGAGAUGGCACUGAAUGCCGCCACGUUCCCCAGGAAGAAUGUGUUGAAGCUGAGCAUUACUGCAAUCCAUUUCUAAUUGUCUCCUGGAAGUGGAUCUUAAUCGUCACCAUUGGGGUUCUCUUCCUCCUGGCCCUGGCUGGGUCUUUGGCCUACGUGGCCAUUAGCCAACUCCACCUGUCCGCUGUUGUUGGCACCAACUGCGGGUAUGUACGCGGCCGAUGGGCCGACGGGGCGUUCUCCUUCAAGGGCAUCCCCUUCGCUGCACCUCCCAUCAAAGAGCGACGGUGGAAGCCCCCGGUGGACCUCCAGGAAGCCGGCCUGUGCUGGAGAGGCACCUACGAGGCCGCCCUCUUCCGUAACAUGUGUGCGCAGGUGCAGCCCAUGGAUGAAAAGGGCAAGGUCAUGGGCGAGGAGGACUGCCUCUACCUGAACGUGUGGACGCCCAGCUUACAGAAGGAUGCCAGGCUGCCCGUGAUGGUGUGGUUCCACGGGGGGUACCUGCACAUGUUCAGUGGAUCAGAGAAGGGCUACUCGCCGACCGAAAGUCUGGCUGCCCAGACCGGGAUCGUUUACGUCAGUUUCAACUACCGCCUCAACGCUUUUGGCUUCCUCGCCUUGGAGCUUCUGAGAGAAGGUUCUCCAACCAACACAUCCGGAAAUUAUGGCUUCAUGGAUCAGAUUGCAGCUCUGAAAUGGGUGCAAAGGAACAUCCAGCAGUUUGGUGGCGAUCCGGGAAAAGUCACUAUAUUUGGACAAAGUUCAGGGGGAACAUCUGUGUGGACCAUGAUGAUGUCCCCACUCGCCAAAGGCCUGUUCCACAGGGCUAUAGACAUGAGUAGCUCUUACAAUUACAAUGGCUCUUUGGAGAAGGCGGAGAAGGACAACUUGGUGUUCCUGAAGAAGUCAGGUUGCAGUGACUUACAGUGUCUCUACAGUCUCUCCACAACCAAAGUUCUCCAGUCUAUUCCAUGGAAAGAAUACCCUUCUUGGGCCGCUGAAGACUGUACAAAUUUACCAACGAAGGGCCUCUUUGUUGGACCGGUGGCUGUUGUAGAUGGGCAUGUUCUACUUGCCCCACCCUUUGAGACCUGGGAGAAAGGCAGCAGCUACAAUGAUGUUCCCUAUGUGAUCGGAACCACCGAACAGGAAGCUGAUUUCAGUCCACCAUAUGAGAACAUCUCAAUGUGGACUUGGGAAGACUACAAUUGGUUUGUGACAAGAAAUCUGAUGCCCUUUGGAGUGAAUAUCUCCAAAGAAGCCGCUACCCUGUACCCAGUAUCUGCCAAAUGCCCCAUCAAUGACCGCUGUCCUGAAAGACUCUACACCACCCUGGUGUCAGACAUGAGAGUCACCUGUCCUGCUCACGACAAAGCCAGAAGAGCUGCAUUGGCUUCGAAGAGCCCUGUGUACCGUUACAUUGUCACCUACACGCCGUCCAGAGUGGAGAAGGUCUCCCGCCUGCUACCCUUUCCCAGUCGCUUCUCAUUCCACAUGUUAGAUGCACUGGCGUUCUUUGAUGGCCUUAAAUCGGUACUGGCGGGGGAGAGCUCAGAAGAUCGAAGUUUUCAGGGGAUCAUGACCAAGUAUAUGGUGCACUUCGCAAGAACAGGUGAGAUGCCCAGCGAGUGGCCCCCGUUCCCCUCACACAUGGCGCUGCUGUCACACAACUUCUCCGUCGACCAGAAUUUCUCAGCCUCGCGGUGUCACUUCUGGGAGAAGAAUCACUUUUAUCCAUAUGCAUGGGCCAAUUAAGAAGAAUGGGACUUACUUGUAUUCUGCUUUAUCAGAAAUGGUUUUAAUGUUUUAUGGUGUUUGCACAAAGUUACCAACCGCUAAGGGAACGCUGAAUACACUAAACUACUGCACUGUGACGAAAGGGCACCUGUUCUUGUUCCCAUGCCAGUCUGAAUGUGGUGCCAGUUCUCCUACCUCUGUACCAAUGAAUGCACUACGGGUGCAAUGAUAUACAAAAUUCAUAGUUCAAUACCUUGGUUUGGUUUCACAGCUCGGUGCAAAUUCAGUACAGCAAGGAAAACAGAAUUUCUUUUGAAAUUAUUAAAACCAAAGGUGAUGCCUC